CAGGUGGCAGUGUCCUGGGUAAUGUCAGACUGUCUGGUGACACUGGGGAAAUCCUGUUAAUUACUUAAUGUCCUGCAGAGAAACCAGGUUUCAUUCUUGCUGUAGAUCCAUCAGACCACUUCUCUUCUCCCCAACUUCAAGCAAAAGAAGUCAGAUUCAAUGAAGGUGCUGUUAAAGCCCCAAAAAUCGUGGAUUGAAGGAGUUUUCUUUAAACGAGAAUGUGCAAACAUUAUACCCAGUUCAAAAGAUGCACACAGGUGUCUUCCACGAUGUCAGAUUUGCCAGAACCUUGUCAGAUGUUGCUGUGGUCGGCUGGUUAGGGAUCACCCCAGUGUGGAUUGCACCUUGCCGGUCUAUCUUUCAGCCCUUGGAGAUGAACAGGAGGAGUGGUGUGUUGAGAAACACACCCAGAAAAGUCCAACUGAUGCCUUUGGUACUAUUGACUUCCAGGAUGGGUCUCAUUCCUCUCGAGCAAAGUAUAUUAGAGUCUCGUACGACACUAAAUUGGACCAGUUAUUACAUUUGAUGGUGAAGGAAUGGCUAAUGGAAUUUCCAAAGCUGCUUAUAUCUGUUCAUGGAGGCAUCCAGAACUUUGAGCUUGCCCCAAAGGUAAAACAGGUCUUUGGGAAAGGACUUAUCAAAGCAGCUGAGACCACCGGAGCCUGGAUAGUGACUGAGGGCAUCAACAAAGGAACUUCUAGACAUGUCGGAGAUGCCCUCAGAGAUCAUGCUUCCUAUUACCUGCGAAAGAUCUGCACAGUGGGAAUUAUGCCAUGGGGAGUUAUCGAAAACCACAGAGACUUGAUAGGAAAAGAUAUAGUGUGUCCUUAUCAGACUCUUGGAAAUCCCCUGAGCAAACUCACCAGCCUGAAUAGCAAGCAUUCACAUUUUAUACUGGUGGAUGAUGGAACUGUUGGCAAGUAUGGGAAUGAAAUGAAGCUCAGAAAAAAGCUGGAAAAAUACAUUGCUCUUCAGAGGAUAAAUACACAAAUGGGCCAAGGUGUCCCUAUUGUGGGGCUGGUAAUUGAAGGUGGUCCUAACGUGAUCCUGACAGUGUGGGAAUAUGUCAGGCAUACUCCCCCCACACCUGUCGUUGUUUGUGAAGGAACAGGCAGGGCAGCCAAUAUCCUGGCUUUUACACAUAAGCAUACUGCAGAUGGUAGACACCUUUCUCCUGGGUUGGAGGAUGAGCUAAUACUGAUGAUACAGAAGACCUUCAAUUUUGGACAGAAGCAAUCCAAUCAUUUAUUUAACAUUCUUACAGAAUGCAUGGAGCACAGGGAAUCGAUAACAAUUUUUGACACAGAGUCAGAAGACCAACAGGACAUUGAUUUAGCAAUCCUGACCGCUCUUCUGAAAGGUACAAAUGCUUCAGCAUCAGACCAGCUAAGUCUGACGCUGGCUUGGGACAGAGUUGACAUUGCCAAGAAAAAUGUUUUGGUUUACGGACAACAUUGGAAGGUUGGAUCCCUGGAACAGGCCAUGCUCGAUGCUCUGUUGAUGGAUCGUGUGGAUUUUGUGAAGCUGCUGCUAGAGAACGGUGUGAGCAUACAUCACUUCCUCACCAUCUCCAGACUCCAAGAGCUCUACUACAUGAAACAAGGUCCCGCUAAUCUCCUGCUGCAUCACCUUGUCGGAGAUUUGAAACAGAACAACCUUCCUCCUGGUUACAAGAUCUCUCUGAUUGACAUUGGUUUGGUGAUGGAAUACCUGGUAGGAGGCGCUUACAGGAGCAGCUACACAAGAAAAUCUUUCAGAGUCCUGUACAACAACCUCCUUAGUAAGCACAAGCGCAUUAGUCAUCAGAGUGUAUCCGACUUCUCACAGACCUGGACCCACCAUUCCUCACUCCCGAACAUAGACACAAACCCAAGAAUGAGAUCUGUGGAGCACAGGCUACAUUCUCAGUUCAUUCGAACAGCCCAGCCCUACAGAGCCAAGGAAAAAUCUGUUUCAUCACAUAAAUCGAGAAAGAGGUCUAAACAUGAUCUGAAUUUUUCUGAGGAUUACGACUUUGCAAGUUUCAUCUACCCAUUCAAUGACCUACUGGUGUGGGCGGUGCUGAUGAAACGGCAGAAGAUGGCUAUGUUCUUCUGGCAACAUGGAGAGGAAGCCAUGGCAAAGGCAGUAGUGGCUUGUAAACUCUAUAGAGCCAUGGCACAUGAGGCCAAGCAGAGCAAUAUGAUGGAUGACAUCUCGGAAGAGCUGAAGCAGUAUUCCAAGGAAUUUGGGCAGCUUGCUGUGGGUAUUUUGGAUCAUGCCUUCAAACAGAAUGAGAGAAUGGCCAUGAAACUGCUGACUUACGAGCUGAAAAAUUGGAGCAAUUUCACCUGCCUGAAACUAGCAAGCUCGGCUGGCCUGCGACCUUAUGUUUCACACACUUGCACGCAGAUGCUUCUAACAGACAUCUGGAUGGGACGUCUCAAACUGAGGAAGAACACCUGGCUUAAGAUUGUUCUGUGUAUUCUUCUGCCUCCGACCAUUCUGAUGUUGGAGUUCAAGAGCAAGGCUGAAAUGUCCCACAUCCCUCAGUCGCAGGAGGAUCAUCAGUUUACGCAACAGUACAACACGCAAAACUCCGGCACCGACAAGGACAGCUCUCCUUCGUAUGACAUGGAAAAGGCAUUGGAUAUAACUGAGGACAGUCAGGACAGCAGUGCUGGCACCAGGCAGAGGGGAUUGCCUUGGACAAGAAAGAUCCAUGAAUUCUACAGCACGCCAAUUGUCAAGUUCUGGUUCCAUUCGAUGGCUUACUUGGGAUUCCUGAUGCAAUUCACCUUCAUAGUGUUGGUGAAAAUGGAGCCGAGACCUAGUGUCCAAGAAUGGAUUGUUAUUACCUACGUUUUCACCACAGCAGUGGAGAAAGCCCGAGAGGUAUUCAUGUCAGAGCCAGGAAAGAUCAGCCUGAAGCUUAAAAUUUGGUUUCAGGAGUACUGGAACUUCAACGACUCAGUAGCUAUAGUCCUGUUUUUUAUUGGUUUUGGUUUACGCUUAGCAGAACAGCCUCUGCAGACAACUGGAAGGAUUAUAUACUCCCUGGAUAUUAUAUUUUGGUAUGCACGACUUCUGGACUUUUUUGCUGUUAAUCAGCAUGCAGGGCCAUACUUGACCAUGAUUGCGAAAAUGACAACAAACAUGUUCUACAUAGUGAUUAUGAUGGCGAUUGUUCUGCUGAGCUUUGGGGUGUCAAGACAGGCCAUACUUUUUCCACAUGAACAGCCCUCUUGGCAUCUCGCUCGGGAUGUAGUGUUCCAGCCUUACUGGAUGAUGUUUGGUGAAGUUUAUGCAAGUGAAAUUGAUCCUUGUAAGGACAAUCCAGAUUGCCCUCCUGGUUCAUUUCUCAACCCAUUCCUUCAGGCUGUCUACCUGUUCGUGCAAUACAUUAUACUAGUCAACCUGCUCAUCGCUUUCUUCAACAAUGUGUAUUAUGAGAUGAAAUCCAUGUCCAACGAGCUUUGGAAAUACAACCGCUAUCGUUAUAUUAUGACUUACCACGAGAAGCCCUGGCUGCCUCCACCGAUCAUCAUCUUCAAUCACAUUGCUAUGUUCAUUGGCAGAAUCUGUCGCACUCGAGCGAAGAAUGAGCUUGCUCAAGAGGGAGAACAUGUGGGCUUAAAGUUAUAUCUCAGUAAUGAAGAGUUGAAGAAGUUGCAUGACUUUGAACAGCUGUGUGUGGAGAAAUACUUUCAUGAAAAGAAUGAAGCCUUCCAGUCGAGUGAGAGUGAAAAAGUCAGAGUAACGACAGAAAGAGUUCGGGAGAUUGAGAUACAUUUGAAAGAUGUGAGUGAAAAAAUGUACUGCAUCAAGGAAUCCUUGUACUGUCUGGAUAGUCAGCUUGGACACCUGCAGGAUCUCUCAGCCCUGACCGUGGACACUCUGAAAAUGAUCUCUGUGGCGGAUAGUUUAAAAGUGAAUGAAGUGUUUCUGGGGAACGUCACAGAAAACGGUGACUGUCACCGGUUACCUCGCCACUGGACUCCCACUACCUCAUCAAAGUCUUUGGACAACUUUUGUGUUGACAUUCAAAAGACCCACAAUUAUCUCAGUGCCCCACCUGCGUUGAUCCAUGGCUUACCGAAGGGAGAGCAGUCACCAAUAUGCUAUUCUAACACGAAUGUCGCACCCAGGACUCCUGAAUGGGAGAAGGGGGAAGAGGAGCAGAUAUCAAUUGCUGAUAGAGAUUAUUGUAAGCAGAAAACAUCGGAAAGUGAUACCCUCACAUCAGGGGUGUCAUCUGAGCCCAAGUCACCUCAUAAAUAUAGGCAGCUUCUCCUUGACCAGUCGUCUCUUGGGAGCUCAGAGUGCUCAGAGUUCCGCUUCAGUUUGUCACUUCCCAGCACUCCGACCUUGCCCAAGUUGAACUUCAUAGAAGAGAUGUGGGAGAAGAGCCCCUGUAGUAUGCCGGCACAGUUCAGCCCUCACAGGACAGGCCCUAAUGAUACCAAAGAACCUUGGGAGAAGGGAAGGGUUACAGCUCAUGUGUCACCUGUGAGAAGUGCUGGGUGGAGAGGCAGCCUCCCAACCAACCCACUGGCCUCUGUUGUGAAUAAUACAUCCCUGUCAUCGGGCAGCCACAGUGAACAAAGUGAAGGGGGUUUUGUCAACUGGGCUUUCAAUGAAGAGGAUGAACCAGGGAUCCACGGGGUCAGUUUGAAGUUUCAGAAGGAAAGGUUUCCACAACCUAUAUACCAUGCUGACUGUAACUACAUGGACCACGAUCCACAUAUUGACGAGCCUCAUGUCUAUAACUCAUACAGUGCUGGGAGCAGCGCUGACAACUUCGAGUCCAUCUCUAUGCGACGGAGAAUCCCUCCUGCCCGCUGGAUAUAUCCAUUGAGAAUGAACAACUAUUAUUGUUGGAGAAGCGGCUUCAGGCGCAAGAACAGAAGUAAAGUAAAAGUCUUUGCAAAAUCUUUAGAUCUUCGGCGAUCAGUCAGACAAAAGAGGAUACGAAACAAUGAGAAGUUUAGGGUUCAAAACAAGCCUACAAAACUAUUCAUGCCGACAAUCGGGGUAAAUAGGUGCCUUCGGAUCAGCUCGAACUCUCCUUGGCAUGGCACCACUGAGUGUGACAAGAAUAUGAAUGAGGAGGAUGGCGCCGCAAAGUGGCUAAUGAGCCCCUCUUUCAAACAGUUAGCAGGUUACUCAAACCCAGGAUUCUGUGACCAAGAGAGUGACUUGGUAGCAAAAGAGUCCAAAGAGAUUCUGAAGACAUCAUAUGAGACUGGAAGUGAUCACUCCAUGUGGAGAAGUAACCUGAAUAGGAAAUGCCUAUCAAAUUCAUGUAUUGUAGAUGGGUUCCCUGACGCAUUCAAAACUUCCCAAGAUCUCAAUCAUCAUUACUCAGCUGUUGAAAGAAACAAUUUAAUGCGUCUCGCUCAGAGCAUACCGUUCACUCCUCUUCACUUAUUUGCUGGUGAGGAGAUAACCGUCUACAGACUGGAGGAAAGUUCUGCCACGAACCUUGACAAGAGCUUGUCCUCCUGGUCACAGAAUGGGCUGACUGCCAUGAUCCAAGUCCUUUCCAGGGAGGAGAUGAGUGGUGUCCUUCGCAGGGCCAUGAAGAUAGAGUGCACGUGGUCUGAAGACGGUAUGCUGAAGCCUGGCCAGUUUUACAUCAUAAAGUCGUUCCUUCCGGAGGUGGUCAAGACCUGGCAGAAGAUGUUCAAUAACAGCACCGUACUCCAUCUCUGCCUGAGGGAAAUUCAGCAGCAAAGGGCUGCCCAGAAGCUCAUUUACACUUUUAAUCGGCUGAAGCCCCACUCUGUGGCUCACACUCCAAGGUUUCUCGAAGUGUUCCUGGUGUAUUGCCAUUCAGUCUCUCAGUGGCUGACGAUGGAGAAGUACCUGGGCGGUGAAUUCAGAAAGUACAACAGCAGCAACGGGGAUGAAAUAAUCCCAAGCAGCCGGCUGGAGGAGACCCUGCUGGCUUUCUCCCACUGGACGUAUGAGUACACAAGAGGGGAAUUGCUCAUCCUGGACUUGCAAGGUGUUGGAGAAACUCUCACAGAUCCAUCGGUGAUCAAAGGGGAAGAGAAAACCUCCAGGGGAAUGGUUUUCGGACCGGCUAAUCUUGGAGAGGAUGCGAUGAGAAACUUCACCAUAAAACAUCAUUGUAACUCCUGCUGCCGAAAGCUCAAACUACCAGAUUUGAGAAGAAAUGAUUAUAACCCAGGAAAACUGAACGACAUCGAAGAUAAUUCCUCAGAAGCCAACACCAGAUUGUGAUUUUACUUCUUCUGCCUUUAUUCACGAGGAGAAGUGAAAGCACCUGGUAUAGUCUCUUGUU